CUUGCGGUCACAGUGGUCGCAUUUCCCUUCAGACGCGCGCGAACAUUACAAGAACCCCAAACCAAACAAAUCAUAAAGUACUAGAAAUAAAAAUUUAAUUGACCAACCGUGAAAACGCAAGGAUAACGGAAUUUCUUUUGAAUUGAACUACUAAGUGUUGUGAAUUGAGAACUUAAAACAAUGGUUGUUUCUGUGAAAGUAUUCAAGAAGGCCACACCCAAUGGCAAGGUGACCUUCUAUCUGGGACGUCGCGAUUUCAUUGAUCACUUGGACUACUGUGAUCCUGUUGACGGCGUUGUGGUCGUGGAUCCGGAUUAUUUGAAAAAUCGUCGUGUUUACGGACAACUGGUCACCACCUAUCGCUAUGGCCGCGAAGAGGAUGAGGUCAUGGGUGUCAAAUUCUCCAAGGAGCUCAUAUUAUGCCGCGAACAAAUUGUGCCGAUGACUAAUAGCAACAUGGAAAUGACACCAAUGCAGGAGAAACUCGUACGCAAAUUAGGCAGCAAUGCACACCCAUUCACCUUCCACUUCCCACCCAAUUCACCCAGCUCUGUGACACUGCAACAGGAGGGCGAUGAUAUGGGCAAACCGCUUGGCAUUGAAUACAACAUUCGUGCUUAUGUUGCCGAUUCGGAAGAUGAUCGUCAACACAAACGCAGCAUGGUCAGUUUGGUGAUCAAGAAGCUGCAGUAUGCACCGCCAACACGCGGUCAGCGUUUGCCCAGCUCGUUGGUGAGCAAAGGGUUCACGUUCUCCAACGGCAAGAUCAGCUUGGAAGUUACGCUGGAUCGUGAGAUUUACUAUCACGGCGAGAAAGUGGCUGCCACCGUGCAGAUCAGCAAUAAUUCGAAGAAAUCCGUUAAGAAUAUUAAAUGUUUUAUAGUGCAACACACAGAGAUCACCAUGGUGAAUGCGCAGUUUAGCAAACAUGUGGCACAGUUGGAGACUAAGGAGGGCUGUCCUAUCACGCCGGGUGCGAAUCUGUCAAAGACAUUCUACUUAAUUCCAUUGGCAGCGAAUAAUAAGGAUCGACAUGGUAUUGCACUCGAUGGCCACUUGAAGGACGAGGAUGUGAACUUGGCCUCUUCAACUCUGGUGCAGGAGGGUAAAUCCACCGGCGAUGCCUGUGGUAUUGUGAUUUCAUAUUCGGUGCGUAUUAAGCUAAACUGUGGUACCUUGGGUGGAGAAAUGCAGACGGAUGUGCCUUUCAAGCUGCUGCAGCCAGCACCGGGCUCCGUCGAGAAGAAGCGCUCGAAUGCCAUGAAGAAAAUGAAGUCGAUCGAGCAGCAUCGCGGUGUAAAGGGCUACUACCAGGAUGACGAUGACAAUAUCGUAUUUGAAGACUUUGCCAAAAUGCGUAUGAAUAAUGUCAAUAUGGAUGAUUAAGUACUAAAAUGUUGCACGUGUGUAUGUGGCAAAUGCCACGCUGGUUUCGGUUACCCUCGCACGAGUUUGCCACGAGGGCGUAUGUGAUAUUUCUACUAUACGUAAUUGCAAUUGGAAAGUAUAUUAACUGUGAACGUAAUUUGUUGCAGCAACAACAGCAGUCAUUUCGACAUCGCAUCUCAUCAGCAGCGGGGCUUAAACUAAAUAACUUAAUAAUAUUUAAAUUAUUGUUAUUGUAAAUUUUUUUGUUAUUGUUUUUGUUUUUCAUUUUUAUGUAUUUGUGUGUGUUUGCGCAGCAAUAAUCCAAAUCGUUUACACACACAAAUACCCAUAUGGUGCAAUUACAUAUUUAUGCACUAAUUUUAAGCAAUAAAAAAAUAAAAAUAAAUUGUGAAAUUUGAAAAAAAAA